AUGAACGACAAAUUGACGAAAGUUAAAACUAUCGAAAGCGUUCACGGAAAAGGAGAUUCCCGCGUGGUCACAGAGUUUGAUAGCCACAAUAUCAUAAGUCGUUUGCUGUGGCUUGGAUACUCCGAAGGUCGAUGCGCUUCAUUAUGGAAAAGAAACGAGAGCGAUGACGAUGUCGCGGAGCCUUUUGAUGAGCUAUGCAGGUUAUCGUUGGAUGUGGAUCCCUUCGAUAUGUGCAAUUUUACGCCAGGAUUGACUUGCGUAUCGUUCAACGAUGGAAGUCUAUCAGUUCUUGACAAUAUGAACGACAAAUUGACGAAAGUUAAAACAAUCGAAAGCGUUCAUGGAAAGGGAGACUCUCGCGUAGUUACAGAAUUUGAUAGCCACAACAUCAUAAGCGGGUCAUCAAAUGGGUCUCUGGCAAAGGUCGAUAUCGAAUCUGGAACUGUGACGUCUUUAUCCAAGGUACUUCGUGCGUCAAUUGUGGGAUUACCCAAUUCCGUCGGCUUCAACUAUCGAUUCCGCCUCCCUUCAUUAGAAUAUGACACUCCUUUCGUGAAACGCUUAAUUUAG